CCAUAGCUGAUACCAGCUUCGAGACAACCUGCACCAACUCAGACGAUGGGGUGUCCACGACAUGCACACCCCGGCCUGGUUCUUGCCUUGAUCUACUAACAGUCCCUCAAUCAUAUCCCUUCUCUGCCAUCUCCUCAAAGAGUUGAUUCAACUGCGGUGGCGUCUUGGUCAGCAUGUUCCCGCCACAUACCGAGUCAAUCAGCUGCUUAUCUUUAGGGAAGACAACUCGGUAGAAGGUGCCCACCUUGAAAGCAUCGUUGAAACCAUGAUUGGGGCACCUCAGGAAGAGACUGGUGUAUCUCUCCCAGGCAACCCUGAUGGUCUCAUCUUCUUCCUAUGCAAAAUGGGUGAUCUCUUUCUGCAGGUCCGUUGUCUUAAAUGGAGGGUGAUAGCGGGUGAGAAACUUGUCGGCCAGGCCGGAGAAUGUAGUGAUCGAUCCCGGAGGUCGGGUGUCCAACCACUCAUUUGUUUGUCCUCUAGAGUAAAUGGGAAGUACCUCAGUUGGAUGACGCCUGGAGCCUACAGGGACCCCAUUAAUCUUGAUUCCAUCGAUCAGCUCGCGGAAUCGCUGUAUGUGCGAUCCGGGGCACUCCCCUUACUUCCCACGGAAUACCACCGAGCCGCGCAACAUGGUGAUGACAAAGGUGCUCGCCUCAAAGUUAUUAGCUGGAACUUGAGGGUGUUGGAUGGGCGAUCUCAUGUCCGCGGCUCUGGCGAUCUAGUAGUAUCACAUUGUAUGCUCAUCGAGAACAAUGUCCCCGCCAUUGUCAGGGUUCACCCAUAUUGUUCUCCUGGUUGAUGUUUAGCUGUGCUAGAGACUCCUCCGCAGCUAGUGGUGCUUUCAAAGCUCUUUAGAAAUUACGACAAGUUCGUACAAGCUCCUGGUCCAGUAGAUCUCCCGAAUGGCUACGAGUCAUGCACUACCUGCACACAAUCAGCAAAAGCAACCCGUGAAGGCACACAGGUGGAAGAGAGAGAAUGCAGUAAAGAAAAUGCUAAAGUAACAGACUUUCACGUUUCUACAAUAACCUAGGGUCCCUGGCAACGACGCCAAAAAUAUGACACGCUAAAACACAACACCAAACUACGACCAAGUGUAAUCGCAAAAUGGUAAUGCAGAAUAGUGGGUAAGUUUAUUUAUCAACCCGAGGUCUAGAUCUACUGCCUACACCGUGAACUUCUAUUAUCUAGCGGGACUAAGUGAGUGUAGGUGAAUUCAAACUAAACAGAAAGAAAGCAGUAAAUUGUUUGCUUUCCUAAAGCAAGAGAAGAGUCACUCGGGAAUGAGUCCCCCUAGCUCCUUAGUUAGGUCCAUGUUGUAAUUUCCUUUGGCUGAUUUACUGUUGAUUAAACUGCGGAACAUCCGACAGUAGCUUGGAAUCUCUUAAGUUGACCAAACCCUCUUAGACAUACUAACAGGCAGACGAGUAGUCUUCACCAGGAUAGAAAGCUAAGGCAAUUAACACAGAACUCCACUACUGAAACCAGAUUCCAGUACAAAGCAGUGAAUUAACUGACUCUCGUACAAUCAUUUCACUCCUAUCGAUUGAAGAAGCUCUAACAACCUAAUCAGAUUCUAUCUAUCUCAGGUUGUAGUAGAAAUCAAAAGAAGUUGAUCAGGAUUCAAUUGACUCAAUAAACACACUUCAAUCGAUUAAAACCAAUCAGUAUAUCAAUCUAAAAUUCAUUACAACUCAAAUCCCUAACACAUGGAACUAGGGUUAUUCAUAACCAAGUGAGAGAAAGGUCUGCUCCAUAGAGAGAGAGAGAGAGAGAGAGAGAGAGAGAAACAGAAAUCAAAGCAGUCAUACUCAUAAAGAUGGGAAAAAUCUGCUCUGGGAUGUCAAUCUUCACUCCUGGGGAUGCAAUCCAGGCUUCAAUGGUGAGAAAUCCACUCCAAAAUAGCUCAUAGGGUUUGUUCUUCGCACUUUCUCUCUCUAGAACUAUGUUUUGCUCAAAAAAGUCGAAUCCUUCAAAAUAUGAGCUCCUCUCCAAUAAAACCCGCACAGGUGCAAAAACACGGCCUCUAAGCUAUAAAAACCUUGUCGUCUUUUAAUCAGAAGAGGCUGUGUUUCGAAACGACGAUUCUGUGAAGUGUAGAGGAAAAACCCAACCUCUGACACAAGGUCGUGUUUUUCAGCAUAGAGGGUGUGUUUGAGGACGUGUUUCUCAGCAACCCUGCUGCCUGGUUUUCGCGAUCGACCUUCUUUCACCUCCAAAUGUCCUGAAACUCGUCCCCAAGCCAUAUCUACGUACUAGGACCUGAAAUAUGACAUAAGAACACAACCUACCAUAAAAUAGGCCAAUGAACGAUGAAUCGCUAAGCUAAACGAUCAAGAAAUGAAGGGAAAAACAUGUGAGAAUGCGAUGUUAUCAUUCUUGCACUCCUUCGAGGUGAAAGGAUCGAAAUCCUAGUAGUUUAGGAUGGGUCUAGAAAUAGCAGUCCUACUCGAUCGAACCUCAUCAAACAACAUGAUGCCUCAAUGAAGAAAUUUGAAGGGUCCUUGUUGUCCAUUAGUUCGGUAAAUGUGUUACCACCAGGAAUCGGUGAUCAUCAAGGGCUCAUGGUUAGGAAUCCUAGGAGGAACAUUGCCUAUGCAACACUUUUUCUGCUCUCUCACUUCACCACUAGCAUAGAUUAACUUUUCUACAUUCACUUUACUUUUUGAACUCCUACGUUAUGAAAAACCGGAGGACCCUCAACCUCCUAAGAGAACCUCUUCUUCAAUAGAACUGUACCUCACUU